GUUAGCAUCCAUUUCUAUUCCCAUCUCGAUUGAAUCGGCCACUGGGAAUCGGCUAAAUUUCCGCGAAGCAUGGUGUGUGUCCCCUUCUGGCCAAUAGGUUACUCGCCUCCUCCAUCUCCCUCUUUACUUGACAAGCUAUCUUACACCCUGUUUGCGUCGGGACGCAACUGCUCUUGUGCUCGUAGCGUCCAACACCCUUCCUGCUCAUGCAUCCAUGGCAAAUUCUCCUCCUUUGUUUGUUGUGGACGAUACAUCACCCACCAUCCUAUAUUUUCCUUUUGGUGACACCCUUUCAAUCCCAAAUUUCACGGCGGGCUGGAAUCCGUUAUUUAAUCAAACCAGCUUUGGCGGGGUUCCUCUUGAGGUGGAAAAUAGCACCACAGUUCACAUCACCUCGCUCAAUAAUGCCUCUUUUUCUCUUAAAUGGAAAGGAACCGGGAUUCAGCUCGCUGGGUAUACCACGGAUGCAUCAUAUACCAUUCUCUUAGACGGUUUCCCUCGAGAUGCAAAAUCCACGAAGACUCUCCUAGCUUCAAUUGAAGAUCUCGACAAUGUUGACCAUGACAUUUCACUUACAACCAUCAUUUCGGACACUACUCAAAAUCAAACGUCCUCGUUCCUUGUAUUCGAUAAGGCUACAAUCUUAGCACCGCCAGCUUCCGAUAACGCCACCGUCGACACACUUUUUGCCCCACAGUCGUUGAAUGAUAGCGGAAUCAGCUUCAUCGGGGAAUGGAAUUUCCAGAAUACUUCAGGAAAUGGUUUGAGCCCUGUUUACAUAUCUAACAACCCGGACGACAGUGCCUCAGCAAAAUUUAACGGCACUGCGCUACAAAUUUAUGGGACAGUCUCUCCGCAAGGUGGAAAUUAUACCGUAAAACUGGACAAUGUAACGUCCCAGUUUUCGGCCAAUGCAUCCUUCAUCCAGAACAACACCCUUCUUUUCUUUGCCAGCGCGUUAAAUACCGACGUAGCACACGAUGUUCAAAUAUCAAAUAAUGGAGGCACAUUAAUUUUACCUUUCAACGGCUUCGUAGUAUACUCCUCUGGUGAUCCCAAUAUUCCUUCGACGGGUACUACACCAGGUGCUGCGUCCCCUGGUGGCAAUCUUAGUAGCGGCUCCCUUCCUAAAGGGACUAUAGCAGCGUUGGUGCUAGCUGGUAUCCUCGCAUUUCUGCUCAUCAGCAGUCUCUUGUUCUUUUUCUUUGUAUGGCGACCAAUGAAGAUUAAACAUCGGCAAGCUCUACGAGAACGAUACAUGCUGGAACGAGAUGCUAGUGGUGGAGACGCAGUCCUCAACAUCGGACAGCACACUCCCAGCUACGUGUCCAAUAUCAGUCCAACUGGAAGUCGGAGAACUCGUGGAAGCCAAAGAAGUAGCGGCCGCUCAGGGUUUCUCCGCUGGAAACGGGAAAUGGAAUCCACCGAUGGUGGAAAUGUGCUCGGCGCGCUUGGGCUGAUAUUUAGGCAUUCGUACUCUCCUAAGGACAAAGCACCCAGUCAUUUGGAUGAUGAUAAUCUUUAUGAGGAUGGAUCGGGAAGUCGCAAAUCGUCUAAUAUCUCUUUUACAUCUCCUACUCAGAGUCCUGGAAGGAAAGGCAAAAGCCGCUGGACUGGGAAGUCGAAGCAAGAUGUUCCCAGCUUUACAAUCGAUCUCCCUCCAUUAAAUCUGUCCCAGGAGCAUUUCGAGAUUCCAACAUUACUUCCACCUCCUACCGCUCACACACCCUUGUCUGAUUUUACUUCCCUGACGUACAUGUCGACACCUGACACUCGAAACUUUCGGGAACUCUCCUUCAAUGCGCCAUUUAGUCACCUUUCCAAUACAUCACACCCUCAGCCUCCUGCUGCUUCUCCUGACUACGGCAAAACAGUCAGUCAUGGCGCGCCGCUCAUCCGCGAUGGGUUUCAUAGGUCAAAUGAGUCUGAAUCAGAAGUCGACUUUCGCUCUAGUCUUGUUUCAACUCGACAAGAACCCGAUCUUCAGGUGCAUGUCCAAGAAUUCGAGGUCCAAAGUACCAAUGCCACUUUCUCAACCAGACGGAGCGUGAGCCGUACAGCCGCCAGCAUGUACGCGCGCGAGAUGGAUCGCGGUAGUGUGCGAACCAAUGACGAUGGUUUGAGCAUGUUGGGACCAGCAACAGCUAGAGCUGCAAUACGAAGUUUGAGUCCUCGUACUAGCGAGCUCGCCUUCACUACCCUCGGUUUGCACCAACCGGUUCCCUCUGCUAGCCAUUCAGAAAACGACCCCAGAUUUCCUCGCGAGCGACUUGUAAGCGACGAAACACUUCGACCACAAAGUCAAGACCCCUCGGCGGAUGUUGAUCUUGCGAGGCACGACCGUCGUAAGACCGUAGAAAGUGCCAGCAGGAAAUCGAGGCUGUCAGUGAGAUUCGAGGAUGAUACUGAUAGAUUGACAUCAAGUUCCAAAAACCAGAGUGCAGAACUAGCAGAUGAUAGUCUACUUGUACCACCUGGUCGUUUGGAGGUUCCCAAAGCCGCUUUCCGUUUAACUCCUCAACGUCCGGUCACUUCCCCGAUCUCAGAAGCCGACUCUAAAGUCGCUACAUCUUUUUUGGAUCUAAGCGGUUCAAACUCCCAGUCCAACUCGGAUUCUUCACAGAAAGAACCGUCGUUGGCUUCACAAGGGCAAGGGUUGAAGUCAAGAUGGAGCGCUACUACCGCCACUGAUUUGGGAUCACACAAUCUCAGGCAGGAGUCAUCGGACUCUCAGAAUUCCGGAGGAUCGACUUCUUCUCCUUCUAGUAAUUUCCCAUUCCCUGUAUCUCUGCCCGCAUCCCCGCAUCACCCGGAGGGAUUCAAGCCAUCGCCGCCUGUCACACCUUCGUCGGGGACAUACCAAACGCUCGCACCUGGGCGACUAAAUAUUCAUCCUCAUCCUUUUGGCAUUGCCAUGAACCCAGCUUCUCCGUCAGAUAGUGUUCCCAUAUCUAUAUCAGAUCUACACUUUCGACACAGUGAUUCGGAGAAUGACGACCUGAUUACAGACUCCACUGCGGAUCCUGGCUCCCACCUUCCUCCUCAUCCUCCUCUUCCCAGCAUUCCUCCCACACCAACAUCUCCCCCUCCUCUGAAUGCGCCAUCUCAUGUCGCCCCACCCACUUCUCCGACCUUAUCAAGUCCCAGCUAUAUUGUCAGUCGCGUGUUCCCUCACAGCCGAUCAAAUUCCGCAAUUGACCCUCAGUCACCAUCUGCCCACCGGACCGCUGGCAGCUCAUGAUUGCUUUAGUUCGCUCGCAAUCCUGUCCAUAGGAUGCGGUUUGAGUGUGGAAUCCCGAAUUUGCAAAUCCCAUGAGGUCACUUCCACUGCUAUCCCAUGUACCGAAUUCGGACAGUAUUUUUCGCCCACCUGCAUCAGCAUCUUAUUGCAACACCGACAAAUCCUCAAAACUAUGGGCUCGGAGGGGCUGAAAGUUGAACGAAGGAAGCACAUACAUGUUAAUCUGACAAUCUACAUACUGUAU